CCAUUUAGCCCCCUUUAGACCUACGCACUGUGGCAAUAUGUGGUAAACAUGUUUUACCCAGGUUACUACAACGUAUAUACAUAUAUAUUGAAUACAUAUUUUAGAAAAACAAAUUUUAGUCUAGUAAAAACAACAUGUAAUAAAUGCAGUGAACAACACAAACAUGCACUGAAGAUCUACCAGCAUGUUUCUCUUGUGCUACUGAUGCAAAUGUGAACAAGUGAGGAAGGCAAUCUUAGUCAGCCAUUAAACUCACAUCCUAAAAAAAAAGUUUUUUUGCCUAAAAUUAAACUAUUGUCCAACACUCCCUUAAAAAAGUGUUAAUCAUACAACCAGUUAAGGCAAAGGCAUAGGUAUGUGUCACAUAUCUAGCCUGUCUUUAGUUGUCUUUAAGUGUGUUCUUUUUUUUUCUUUUUUUUUUAUUCUGCUGAUAAGGUUUAAUUAAAAUGGCCAUUAAAUAUAUAUCGGCAUCAUGACUUUUUGCAUUGGUACACAAUGAAGAUAACUUAUUUGGCUAUUAUAUUGUCAAAGGAAGGUUUAACUAAGCCAUUUAAAAACUUUUAAUAUAAUUAAAGUCACACUAUUGUAAGUGUAUUGCUUUAUUACUGUAACUCUAAGUCACUUUCAUUGUCUGCCCAAGUGUUACAGUGGGUGUCACCUUUUCAUGCAUUAGCCAAUGAAUUCUCAUCUAAGUAAUGCCAUUGGCUACAGAAAACCAGGGUGCCUGCCAUACCUUCUAGUGCCUUACAAGAAUCACAAGUAUCGAAUGCACUUCGUUAUUGGGGAUCUUCCCACUCUGUGAAUAUCAUCUUGGAUUAUACUGGAAAGGAUUAUUAACCAUGGAAUACAGAACAUUCUACAUUCUUGCGACUAUACUAGUAUUUUGCCCCUUUUUCACUGCAUCAGCAUGGUCAGUCAACAACUUUCUGAUGACAGGACCAAAGGCAUAUUUGACAUAUUCCACAAGUGUGGCAGCCGGAGCUCAGAGUGGCAUUGAGGAAUGUAAAUUUCAGUUUGCAUGGGAAAGAUGGAACUGUCCAGAAAGCGCUCUUCAGCUGGCAACCCACAAUGGUCUCAGAUCUGCAACAAGGGAAACAUCUUUUGUACAUGCUAUCAGCUCAGCAGGAGUAAUGUAUACUUUGACUAGGAACUGCAGCAUGGGGGAUUUUGAUAACUGUGGAUGUGAUGAUUCCAGAAAUGGAAGGAUUGGUGGAAGAGGCUGGGUAUGGGGUGGAUGCAGCGAUAACGUUGAAUUUGGAGAAAGAAUCUCAAAAUUAUUUGUGGAUGGCCUAGAGACAGGGCAAGAUGCCCGGGCUUUAAUGAACUUACAUAACAAUGAAGCAGGAAGACUUGCAGUAAAAGCAACAAUGAAAAGGACCUGCAAGUGCCAUGGCGUAUCCGGAAGCUGUAGUGUGCAAACGUGUUGGUUACAGCUUGCAGAAUUCCGGGACAUUGGGAACCACUUGAAAGUCAAACAUGACCAGGCUCUGAAACUAGAGAUGGACAAGAGGAAAAUUAGGUCUGGUAAUAGUGCAGAUAACAGAGGAGCAAUAGCUGAUGCUUUUGGCUCUGUUGCUAAAUCUGAGCUUAUGUUCCUGGAAGACUCUCCUGAUUAUUGUUUAAAAAAUGUCAGUUUGGGUCUUCAGGGAACAGAGGGACGGGAAUGCUUACAGAGUGGUAAAAAUUUGUCGCAAUGGGAGAGGAGAAGCUGCAGAAGGCUUUGUACUGAAUGCGGCCUGAAAGUGGAAGAAAAGAAGAUUGAGAUCAUUAGCAGUUGUAACUGCAAGUUCCAUUGGUGCUGCACAGUAAAGUGUGAGCAAUGCAAGCAAGUGGUAAUCAAACAUUAUUGCUCCAAGAAGGACAAAAUUACUGACAAUACUUUCAUAAAAAAGAAGAACCGGGGACAUCAGAGAUAAAGUUAAAUAACACAUUUGCCAUGGACAAUGCAAUACUGUUUACGUCUUAUAUCUUCUUUGUUGUAGAAUUAUUUUUGUUGUUUCCUAUUAAUUUAUCAGCGUUGUAAAUUUAAACAUUGUGUACUAUUGCAUAUUGAUAUGCAUGUCAGUUGUAAAUAUUGCUUAAAACAAAACAUAUGCACUUUUCAUAAUGAAUGUGAAACCUGAACCAAAAUAAACCUUUACGAGUAUCUUUUAAGAAAAUAUUUUAAUUAAA